UAUCAGAAGAGAGAGGAGCAUCUUAGAAUAGAUUAUGCUGUGGAGAGUUGCUAUCAUUAAAAGGAAUAUGGAUUUAUACACUGAAAUAUGGCGCCAUUCUGCCGAUAUACAGCCAUACAAGCCUCUCUGAAAAAAUGAUGCGAAUGGAUUUAUCCACCUGCAGGGGUUUGGUGGUGUGCCAUGGCAGUAAACAAGACUUCAGCCGCAAGAAGAGGCUGCAAAAAGUUUUUCUAUUGAAACAGCCUGGAGACCAGAGGCUGUAAUAAUCUCUGUAUUUGAAGGAGUUAAACAGCACUGUGAUUACAUGAGGAAACAUAAAGGUAAGGGACUUUACAUGGUGGAUAAGUGGUAAAAAUUCAUUGUUAGAUCUGUAUUCUUCAGUCUUGACUGGAGUAACUGUACUGAGAUGUUUUUGACCAAUAUGGAUUUUAUUUUAUUUAUUUAUUUAAUUUGCACUAUUGAAAGCUUGAUGAUGUAAUUAUCUCCAAAUGAAGAUGGGACACAUCACAACUUUUCCAUGGAGGUUGACACUCUGUGCACUUGAGAAAAACUAACACAGUAUUACAUGAAUCAAGAGGAUUACCGUUAUUAAAACCAAACAUGUCUCUGAGCCGGGUCCAUACAACAGACACGGAGCCAUCCGCAGAGUACUCUGCGGAGGCUCCCAGUGACCCGGGUCACGGAGCGGGUAGAACGCGCGAGGUGACCGUGCUCCAGACGGGCUGCUGCAGCUGCCUGCCGCGCGCGGUGCGCCUCACCUUCACCCCCGACUCGCUGGAGAGGCUUUACCAGAGCUACUUCCGCCGCCAGAGGCAGGAGAACCUGCUGGUGUUGGUGAUGUUCGCCGCUCUUUUCAACAGCUUCAUCAUCAUCAUGUGCGCGGUGGUGUACACCGAGGACAAGCUGGCCAUGGUGGUGGUCGCGGCCGUGGGGCUGGCCGCGGACGUCACCCUCUACGUGCUGUGCUGGCUGCAGAAGCUCCCUACGUCACCUGUCUGGCGCGGGGCAGUACCGUACAUCCUGUGGCUGAUGAUGACCGUCCACGUUUUGUGUUACAUGGGACUGAACUACGAGCGUUUCCCUCACGCCAGUGACUCGGUGGGCUGGCAGGCCUUUUUCAGUUUCUCCAGCUUCCUGACUCUGCCACUGAACCUGGUGGCUCUCCUGCUGCUCGCGGCCCUCUCCGCGGGGGUACACACGCUGGUUCUGGGGGUGACUGUUGCCCAAAGGUUUGAUUCCAACCUGCAGGGACCCAUGCUGGUGAGACAGCUUCUAGCCGACAUCAUGCUGUACCUGUGUGCAGCCGUGGUGGGUGUGAUGUCGUACUACAUGGCGGACCGGAAGUACAGAACUGCUUUUCUGGAGGCACGUCAGUCACUGGAGGUCAAACUCACCCUGGAGGAACAGAGUACCCAGCAGGAGGAAUUAUUACUGUCUAUCCUGCCCAAACACAUCGCUGAUGAGAUGCUGCAGGGCAUGAAGAACCAGGCCAAUGAGAAAGAAGUCCAGCAGCAACAGUUCAACACCAUGUACAUGUACCGCCAUGAAAACGUCAGUAUCCUGUUUGCUGACAUCGUGGGCUUCACCCAGCUGUCCUCAGCCUGUAGCGCCCAGGAGCUCGUAAAGCUGCUUAAUGAACUGUUUGCGCGCUUCGACAAGCUGGCAGCACAACAUCACCAAUUGAGGAUUAAGAUUCUUGGCGACUGUUACUAUUGUAUCUGUGGUCUUCCUGACUUCAGAGAGGACCACGCAGCCUGCUCCAUAAUGAUGGGCCUUGCAAUGGUAGAAGCCAUCUCGUAUGUGCGAGACAAGACAAAAACUGACGUGGACAUGCGCGUGGGAGUCCACACAGGCACGGUGCUGGGGGGAGUGCUCGGUCAGAAGAGAUGGCAGUUUGAUGUUUGGUCCACAGAUGUCACUGUAGCCAAUAAAAUGGAGUCUGGAGGGAUCCCUGGGAGAGUGCAUAUUUCCCAGAGCACCAAGGACAGCCUGCACGGAGAAUUUGAACUGGAGCCUGGGAACGGCGGAGAGAGGUGCGAGUACCUGCUGGAGAAAGGCAUCGAGACUUACCUGGUUCUAGUGCCUGUGAAACAGACGGUGAAUGGGCUCAAUGGAAAUACGCCCCGCACAUUGCCCAACAGAAAUUCAAACCAGUUGAUCAACACUACAGCAACACCCCAAUCCACGCCCACAGAGUCUAAACAGCAGAAGUUUAAGGUGGUUGAGGAGCAAGUGGUCAACAGACGACUGCAGCAGGAGCUGCUGGAGAGAGAGAGUCAACAAAUAAUGAAGGAUCAUCAGAUCAACCCUGUAUCCCUGCGUUUCGUGGAUGGAAAGUUGGAGGAGCUUUACUCCUCAGAGAAGGAGAAGCGAAGUGGGGCGGCUUUCUGCUGCUGCAUGAUAGUGCUCUUUUUUAUCACUGCAAUGGAGGUGUUCAUAGACCCACUGCUGGCUGUGAACUAUGUGACUCUUGCAAUAGGAGAGGUAUUGUUGCUAAUCCUCACAGUGUGCUCCCUGGCUGCCAUCUUCCCUAGGAUGUUCUCCAAGAGGUUGGUGUCUUUCUCAAUGUGGAUUGAUCGCACCCGGUGGGCAAGAAACACAUGGGCCAUGGCAGCCAUAUUUGUUCUCACCAUGGCUGUGAUCGCUGACAUGUUAAGUUGUGCACCACCAUCAGUCCGGGUCUUCAACAGCACCUCUGGCCCCGUCUUGGAGUCAUUUGGUGACCAAGGCUGUUCAGAAAACCCAAAGCACUACAGCUUCAUGGCUGUGAUGUCACUGAUCGCAACUACCAUGUUGGUGCAGGUCAGCCACCUGAUUAAACUGGGCCUCAUGGUGCUGGUUGUGACGGCAACUGGAGCUGUUAAUAUCUACAGCUGGCGGGACAUUUAUGACCUCUAUGACUAUAUACAGUUUGCCUCCUAUAGAACAUCUAUUGUGCCAUCUAAGUACCUCAUGACCAUGAUGAUUAUCGUCAUGAUGAUUGGCUUCUACUUCUUCUCCCGCCAUCUGGAGCGUCAGUCCAGGAAGCUUUUCCUGUGGAAGAUCGGCGUCCAUGACCAGAAGGAGAGAGUGUUUGAGAUGAGACGCUGGAAUGAAGCUCUGGUCACCAACAUGCUGCCCGAACACGUGGCCAAACACUUCCUGGGCUCUAAGAAGAGAGAUGAGGAGCUGUACAGCCAGUCUUACAAUGAAAUAGGUGUGAUGUUUGCUUCCAUCCCAAACUUUUCCGACUUCUACACUGAAGAGAGCAUCAACAAUGGAGGCCUUGAGUGUCUCAGGAUUCUCAAUGAGAUCAUCUCUGAUUUUGACAGCUUACUAGACAGGGACGAAUUCCGCUGCAUCACUAAGAUCAAGACGAUAGGAAGCACCUACAUGGCCGCAUCAGGACUCACCCCAGAGAGCAACACCAAUGGAUACAGCAACUGCAAGCCGGAGGACCAGUCACUGAUUGAGCGCUGGCAGCACCUCGCUGACCUGGCAGACUUUGCCUUGGCUAUGAAAGUCACCCUCAACAACCUCAACAAGCAGUCCUUCAACAACUUCAUGCUCCGUAUCGGUCUGAAUAAGGGAGGAGUUUUGGCUGGAGUGAUUGGAGCUCGUAAACCUCACUAUGACAUCUGGGGCAACUCUGUCAAUGUGGCCAGCAGAAUGGAGUCCACCGGAGUGAUGGGAAACAUCCAGGUAGUGGAAGACUGCUAUGACAUCCUAAAGGAGUAUGGCUUCCGUUUUAUCCGAAGAGGACCCAUAUUUGUCAAAGGGAAAGGGGAGCUGCUAACUUUCUUCAUGAAAGGCAAAGACAAACCCAGUAGCAAUGGUGGUCCAGUGACCACUACCCUUCCACAUCAAGUUGGGGACGUUCCUUGACUAUUUUCUCUGAGGAAAUGUCAUUAACACAAGGAUAAGCCGGGGCAGAAUAUCCAUUUUGCUCCAUUUCUGUCAUAUACACAGUUCAUUUACCUAGAUCUUUUUCAUACGCACUGUAGCAAUGUAAAGCAUAUGGAAGUAGACCAACACAACAAAAUAAUACUAUUAAGAGCAUUGCAACUGUGAAAUACCAUUUCACCCACAGAGAAACUGGUUCUGUAUAGUUGUACAUAAUUCACAGAAGCUCCUGCAUUAAAGAUUUUAUCACUUUGCACUUGAUUCAUAGAGUGCUAUGGGAAUUACAAGCUUGGAACAGACAGAUAAAUGACUUCCUUUGUUGUUUUACCUCAGGCUCAGGUUUUGUAAAAUAAUGUAGGCUGAUCACACUGUAUUUAUACUGUGUUAAUAAAAAAUGUUUGCACUAACA